AUUUCUGAUGACAACUACACAUGACAGAACUCAGAAGUCAGAAUUUGGAAAAUUAGAUGAUUACCGUGAGAAACAAGUGUUUUGUGAUGAAAAACCGUUGGCAAUAACCAUUAAAUUUAAAUGUAUUUACCACUUUAUAAUGGCUCUGAAAGAAAAUAUAUCAUACGAGUACCUGCCAGACUGUGCUUCCUCACAGUUUCCACACCCUUGGUGGCUUUUGUGAUAUGUGUUUUGUUGACUAUUUAUAAGGAUAGUGAAAAGGCGAAUAACACACACUGUAAAGUUCCUAAUGUGCUUCCUUCGAUAUCUGCAUCCAUAGGAAAUUUCGAACCACAAAGUUCCAUAUGGAAAACAGCAAUAUACGUCCACUCUCCUAUAAGGUUCUACAUAGUUUACUUACGGUGGCAAUACUAUAAAACCGUUAUAUCAGAGAAUUGUGAGGUUGUCGUUAACUUAGCAGUAAUUUUAAAUAUUAUUGAGAAUCUAGCUUUAAUAGGUUUGACAUAUUGGACAUCAUCUGGAAAUUACCCAUAUCAUGAAGUAUGUUUUAAACUUUUCAUUGCAACCUCAGUGUUCUAUAUGUUAUUCAUAUGCAUUUUGCUAACUAAUAAUCGAAGAAGACCAAAUAUAAGCUUCAGAGAAAGACACUCAGUGAGGUUAAAAUGGAGAGCUUUUAUAGUGAAUGUAGCAUCAUUCGCUUGUGCAGCAUACUUCUUUUUAAGACAUAACAGACUUUGUGAACCAUAUGUUUAUUCCAUGUUUGGAUUAUCAGAGUACAUAGUUGUUAUUAGCAACAUAUUAUUCCAUUUGACAACAAUAUAUGACCUCCGACUCCAAUACAUAUACUUCACGAAAAAUGGUGUCAUAGCUGAAUAACUAAGGACAUACCAAGAGACAACAACAGUUUUUGUUAUAUAAUCAGUCAAAAAGGCUGUGAAAUAGACAGGCUCAAAGCAAAACAUCAAUUACAAUUAUCAGUUAGCAAAUGAUAUGUUAUGUUUAUGCUUUCCUUAUAUAUAUGCAUGACAGCAGUGGGAAAAGCCAAGAUAUUUGUAAAUUUUAUUUUAAAAAAGCAAUAUACAAUAUUUAAAACUAUGAGGAAUCCAUCCACAGUCCAUUGUUUCCUUUAAGACUAAUUUUUAGCACCCAUAAUAAGAUGUAUAAAAAUACUUCUACAACCAAAAUACAUUAAAACUUUCAAUAAAACAUUCAUAUAAACAUGUGCAUAUAUAUUAAGUAGUGGUAUAGCCUCAACUUUAUUUAUUUUAAAUUUUUAACAACUUAAUACAUAUGCACAGCAAUCCUUACAUAAAAUAUACCAUAAUAUAGUGUGAAUUGGGGACACAAGAGUGUAGCAGGAUAAACAAUUUAAAAAUAUUUAAAUAAUUAUAGCUGGCAUUACUUAGGUUUUAGGUAUUACUUAGGUAAUAUUUUCAAUUUCCAUUUCUGUACGCCUUCAACCAUUGGCACCCUUGUGUACCAAAUUACUGCAUAUAAACAUAGUUUACACUUAUCAUACAACUUAUUUAAAGAAAUCAAACAAUAAAAAUGUAAAACAUGAAAUUUUCUAAUUUCGUGAUUAAUGUUAAAAUUCAAUGCAACAAUGCCCUAUUCAUAAAAACAAGUCUAACCCCCUUAUUCAUAGACAUUAUUUAUCUAAGGAUGUAGCAUUGCUGUGAUAACAAGUCUGUUUCUCAGCUUCAUUUAUGUGACAGCCAACUAGAUUCGGCCAACAACAACACAACGGCUCUAUGUCUAUGCACUGUGAAGGCUGCCAUGCUGUCAGCACUGAGAAACAGACUUGUUAUCAUUGCAAAGAUAAAGCUGAGAUUGAAUAAGGGGUGUAAAAAUGUAAACUUAUACCUAAGUCAAAAGUGAUUUUCUUAGGUUGUCAAUUUUACAUAAUCCAUUUGAGAUAUUGGAAGUCUGCAGAUAUAUUUUGUAUACAUAUAUUAAGUAGGUAUAUAAUUUUUUUUCUCUGAAUAUGCUAUAGGCAAAAAUAUGAAAUAUAACAAUAAUAAAAAGUAUAGAAGCAACAUCUAACAACUCAUAAUUUUAAACUUCACUAGAUUUAUUACAAUACAGGAUAUACAUUAAUAUGCCUUAUUUAAAUUAUAUAAUAUACAUACUAUAUCUAUUCUUUUCAAAUGUUGUAUUUGGAUAUGUACAUUCUGUUAAAUUUUAUAAA